UGGAAAGUGCUUGCCGGGCCCCGCCCCGUCUCCUGAAGCCGCCUGGCAUCCAGGGCCGCCGCUGCUGCUGCCGCCGCAGUGGGCGAUCGGGCGCGCUGAGCGCAGGGUGACGCUCCACGCCUGGCUGGAAGCAGGAAGACCACCGCCCGACCCGACCCACCAUGGCCGAGGAGAUCGACUUCACCACCGGGGACGCCGGGGCUUCCAGCACGUACCCGAUGCAGUGCUCGGCCCUGCGCAAGAACGGCUUCGUGGUGCUCAAGGGCCGGCCCUGCAAGAUCGUGGAAAUGUCAACUUCGAAGACGGGCAAGCAUGGCCAUGCCAAGGCUGUGCUAAACCCUGGUGGGAAUACAAUGAAGGAGGAAACGUCCCUGCCCUGUAUGAGCUCAGGCCAGCCCUUGACGUUCCUCAUCUCUAAAAGGAGGGUCUUCCAGCACCCUUUCAGCUCUAAAUCUGUUCACCUGGUUGGAAUUGAUAUUUUCACGGGCAAAAAAUAUGAAGAUAUUUGCCCUUCUACUCACAACAUGGAUGUUCCAAAUAUCAAGAGAAAUGAUUAUCAACUGAUUUGCAUUCAAGACGGUUACCUAUCCCUGCUGACAGAAACUGGGGAAGUUCGUGAGGAUCUUAAGGUUCCAGAAGGUGAAUUGGGCAAGGAGAUCGAAGGGAAAUACAAUGCGGGUGAAGACGUGCAGGUCUCUGUCAUGUGUGCAAUGAGUGAAGAAUAUGCUGUAGCCAUAAAGCCCUGCAAAUAAACGAACCCUCAGGCUCGAGCAAACGGCUUCAGUCUGGCUAAACCCAGGUCUUCACUUUGGUUCUUACUGUCACCAAAGCUCUGGCCUUCCCAAGCAACCUCAUGCCUUUUUUUCGUUUUGGUUUUUGUUUUUUUCAGAAUAGUGCUGGAUUCUAUUUUAGUUUUGAAGACAAGUGGCAAUUUUAAACAAUCGCAUAGCUUUGUAAUUCUCCAUGUAUUUUAUAGAUCUGUUUCCGUCAACAUUCCUGAUAGCUGUUAGUUUAUGGGUCCAAGAAACUCGGUAAGAUUCUUUUCAUUAGGCAUGUUGUAAUUUGCUUGAGGCAGUAGUUUGAGCUGUAGUUUGACGAAAGAUAAACCAAGGUUAUAGAUGAAAUAAUGUAGUGUUGAAAUAUCAGAUGUUGGUAAAAUUAAUGCAGUAUAAUUCCAAACUUUUUAACUUAAAGUAAGAAAGUUUUAGAGAAUGGAAUAAUCGCAGUUUAGAAUGGUGUGUGCCAAGCACAAUUCUUAAAAAAAAAAAUAUUCUAGUGAUUCAAAAUUGCCGGUUGCCUUUCAAAAGUUCAAAUGGCCAUGUGCAACUAACUGUAUUACCUCUGUUAUAGUAUUCUUUGCCACCUUUUGGGCAUCCUUAUUAUAAUCUUACUCAAUUGUGUCAAAGCCCUGCUUAUGGACAAGGAGGGACAUUCAGAAUGUUGGGUAAAUGUUGUUACAAAGCUAGGUUAUAAAAUGGGGGUGGAGAGAGUAAUUAAAGCUGGAGAUUUUCACACGAGGCCUUUGUCUUCAGACUGAAAAGUAGAAAAAUGCCAUUAUAAUUGGCUUUUUCUCUUAGCUCUCUUUUUCUAGAAAUGUUAUUAAAAGGAGGAGCAACUAGCUCCAUAAGAUAAUGUUUGUAGAACUCAUGCAUUAAGUAAAUGCUUGGCUUCUAACAGAAUUUUGGCCAUUUAAAAAAGAAUAUUUGGCAUGGAAGCUUUAGUCAAACAAAAUGCCAGAACUUGUUUUAAACUUAAUAUGAAGAAAUUGAUCGUCUUCUGCUACUGACAUUUUACAUGUCUCUCUAAACAAAAUUGAAUUCGUGGAUCAAAUGCAGAUUUAUGUAUAUGAAUUAUUUUUUUUCUUUUUCUUUUUUUUAAACAAUCAUAGCAUAUAUGUUCUGGUUUGCUAGCAUCUGUAAACUUCUGUAGCAACGUUUUUUUGACUGACUGUUGUGUCAUUUAGUGCAGUAACUGGUCAAAAACCUAACAAGGAAACAGCUGUAGGACUGGCCAAAUAGUUUAGCUUAAGGUGAGAUUGAUUACCUUGUGUCACAUUUCUUUAGUGUCAUUGGGUCUAGUCUUAGACUUGUUGCCAGAAUUGGGGACUUUUUUUAGAAGUGGAAGGAAAGGGAAGGCGAAGAGAAUGAAAUUCACUCACCAUUUGUAAAUCAGAGUUCGUCUUGUAGACAGAUUCUGUGCCAUCCCUUGUCUUCUGUGCCCUUGUUCUGUCCUAAUCUGCAUCACUCCCCCACCCCAGAAACCCCGUUUUUGUCCUUUCGUGUAUGCAUAGUCCAGGCUGCUGCUUCAUCUGACGCAGGAGACUAAGGGAGAUCGCAAUAAGAUCAAUCAGCACUAAGAGAUUCUAUUUCAGAUGUAGUUAUUUUCCAAAUGGUUUGAGGCAAGUAAUUUACCUUUCUACUUGCUUCAUUUUGUAUACUUGAAAAAAAUUCUCAUCUUGAAUUCUGCUGGUCCAUUUCAAGAUCCAGCACAUAGAAACUUAGCAGAGAUGCAGAGGAGGAACCUGGACAACCACAAGGAAUCUUAAACCUUGUGGUCAAAACCAAAUGAGAACUUCAGUUUUGUUUCCCUGGCCAAGGCACAGUUAAGUGUGGCUUCUUCAUUCUUCCUGAUGUUCUGUUUUCAAUACCCACUCCAUGCUUCUUGUCUAUGAUGUUAUCAAUCUGCUGCUAGGUUGCAUGGUUGUUCACUGUAGAGAAGACUGGUAAGUGAUCAAACGUGCUCAGUCAGUGUUACCAGCGACUCAAAUGGCAAGUCAGAAUCCAAGUAGAAAAUUAACUAGUUUAGCACAAAUUUUAAGCUGGCAUGCCCUAGUUUUUUCUGACAUGUUAAACUUCACAUAAGUGUAUUUCUAAUUGCAAUGUAAGGGUAAAAAAGCCACAACCCUGUAUUCCUAACUUAGUAUCUGUUGAAUGGCAAAAGCUAUAUUUAUGCAGCUAACAUUUAGUUUUUAAUACAAUACUUCCUCAAAGUAUUCUCUAUAAAAUAUAAAUACUUUUUACUGUUUUCUGUAUCAUCUGUGUGGCUAUUUUGAAGGCAUUAGGACCAUCUUUUUCCAUGUAUCCCUUGAUAGAGAAGAGACUCUAUAAAGCAAGUAUUUCAUUAUUUGAUCAAAGUUGCCUCUGUUUGAAAGAAUGCAAGGACCACAAUUUUUAACGUAAAGAACAGAAAGGCCACUUUCUUUUAAAGAAUUAAGUGUCUUAAUUCUUCUUAGUAUUGUUGCACUACUGGCAGCAUAUGGUUAAAAAUCUUGCUUUCCCAUAUGCAGAACAUCACACGCCGUGUGCACAGUUUACACAGCGUGGCGUAGCCUAUACGUCUAGGCAUUUCAUCAGUUUGUUUUGCAGUAUUAACCAAUGAGCCCGGUGAGUUUAAAGCAAAUGUUUCCUCAUUGGCAAACUGGUUGAUAACUUUUUUUAAAAAUCGUACUUUAUUAUUUGCUUAAAAUUUUUAUAAGAUUACCUGUGGAACAAAUGAAACCCUGCAAUCUAGAUCCGUGUCCAGACAUACCUUUGAUGCCUCGAGGCCCCCCUACAAGAGCUGUAGGUCUAAUCUAAGACUGUUACUCACGCAACGCAACAUUUCUUUUUUUUUUCAUUUGUAGCACGAAUUUUUAAAUGAACACUACACUCCCAACCAACUGUUGUUGCCACGGCACAAUGUUGAUAAACUUUACUAAGAUGCUGCAAUAAAGCAAAAUUGUGUGGGCUGUAAAAUUAUGGAUAUAUUGUCAUUCCGAAACUUGCCAUUUUGUGGCACAAUAUGUAGGUGUGAAUAUAGAUUCACACACAUAGCCUUGCGUAGUUUUGUUCUUUUUGAAGUCUUUACAAUUCUCUAAAGUACUGUAGUCUGUUAGUGCCUCAAAUGUUGGUAAAUUUUCCGUUAAGCCUUUCCAGUUCUUGUCUGUGUUUUUGGUCUUGAUGGUUUCUCAACUGGAAUAUUUCUAGCUUGAGCUUAUUUGGAGUGCAUUGUUCUCAGGGCUCUUUUUGCUAAGUUGAAAUUAGCUGGUUAGUUAUUUUAUAAUAACUGCAAGUACAUUGCAGAAUUCCCCUAAAUCAAAACCCCUUUCGCUUGCUCACAGUAUACUGUAAGUAUUUGACCUUAGCAGGCUAUAAACUUCAUUCCAAAAUAGAGAGGAAUCAAUCACAUUUGGAAUGACGGCAGUCACUGUGUUGGAACCUCACUUCUAAUAGUGUUUACUCUAGAAUGCAAUUCAAUAUAAGGGAAUUGUGCCUUGCGCCCUCUCCAAGGAAGUUGACUUAGUAAAGUAUAUAGAGCACUUAAUUAUGAGGAAAAUCCAUCCAUGGUGUCGAUUGCAAAGCUCUUCUGUCGAGUGACUUUGAGAUUAGAGCUACGGGAUGGAGAGAUGAUUUAUAAAGUAGCCUCUAAUUCUGCUUGUUCUUCCGAGGAUAAGUAAAAUGAUAGCAUCAAGGCAAAUUUAAGUGCCUCAAAAAUGUUGUGCUUUUCCAAUGAUUGUGUUUCCCGUAGCAUAGAGGAUGCACGCAGCCCCAGGCUGGGCAUGUGUGCACUGUAAGCCACUGCAAAAGUGCACUGGUUGCCAGACUCCGUGCAUCUUCCCCCUUGGUGAGAGAAAUACAUUACAUGUACUAGAUAUGAAGGCUCUCUCACACAAAGUUCCCAAAGCUUUGCUUUCUUAUUGGGGAGCUUAGGUCUCAGGCAAGGUUUUUGAGGACAUCCCUGGGAAGAUCCUGGGUGAUGACUGCCUUGCCUAGUAAAGCCAUUAAAUUCUCUUGUUAACAACUGCAUUUGAGGCUAAGGGUGGUUCCAUGGGUUGUGGUUAAUAUCCACUGUAAAUGAGAUGCACUCAGGUUAAGACAGAAUGCUUAUUAUAAAUCUGUAGUAAUAAGAUAGCUUAGUGUUUGAAAAGUAUUAAUUCCAUUUAAUCAUGUUUUCAUAAAUAUAAUUUACAUAGAGAGGCAAGGGGAGAGAUACUAGUUAAAAUGACAUUGAGUAAAUACAGUGACAUUUUGCUAGUAUUAAACAGUUGUUUAUCUUAGAAGAAAUGAAUCUUGGCUUUGAACUGGAUAUAUCAGUGGGUUUUAGAUAUAUCUUAAGAUGCUUACAAUAUCAUAAGGUCAGCAGGAUGAAGAUCAUAAUCGUGAAUUUUAUGUUUCACCAAUAAUUGCAAAUGUUAGUGUUUUUGUUAAACUCACAAAAAUUGUUGAAAUCCUUUGAAAUCUAGGUGGUGAACUCAUUAACUAUAAUUUUAUAUCUAUACUGUUGUUCCAUUUUUACUUUUUUAAGUUAUGACAAGUAAAAAUAAAGCAAAACUGAAGGCUU